AAUUCGCAUUUUUAAGAAUUAAAUAAGGAGUUGAAUUAGCGAGAAAGAUUCCACAUUGACGGAUCUCCUGAAUCAAGUAGAGAGAUGGACGAAGCUAAUAAGCUCAUUAGCCAUUCUUUCCCGAAGACUGCUCGAGGCACCUUUAUUGCAAGCUUAUCUUCCACUGAAAUCGCAAGAGCCAUUCAAAAUGCGAACAUUCUUGCUGGUUCCUCUGAUUCCAACAGUCCUGAUACUGCCUCUGGUCUACGCAGGGGGCCCAACAGACGACGCAAAUUGGCCGAGGUCUAGGAGAAUCUGCUCCCCUCGUCAGGUAGACCUCCGGGCAUACGAGGCUUGUCACCUGACGAAGCGCCGCUCCGUCGACGGAGCCGAAGAAGGACAAGAAGUGGCUGGUGACAGCCAUCUUGGAUUGACCUCGAAUCAAGCUCGGAUACCAAAUUCACCUUCAAGUGUCACUAGCACCAAGAUCUUUCCUCCAACCAAGACGCAUAGGCCUACGAGAUCCGAAGACGAUUUUGGACAGUUCAAAAGGCGCAUGAAAGUUCUGAAAAGGCGGAGUUCCCCUCCGUUCAAAAGGCAGGUGACGGACGUUCCAGAUUGGCGGGAACUUAAUUUCACGACGUACGAGGAAGUACGUCUGUUUUGCUGCAGACGAUCCUGCCCUCCCGAGGCGUAUUAUGGAAUAUGUUAGUGGCGAAGUAUGUAUAUAU